GGCGGGAUGGGCACUCGGCAGACGAAGGGCAGCCUGGCGGAGAGAGCCAGCCCGGGCGCGGCGCCCGGCCCCCGCCGCGAAAGACCCGACUUCUGGGCGUCGCUGCUGCUGCGUGCCGGGGACAAGGCGGGGCGCGCGGGCGCUGGGCUACCCCCCUACCACCGGCGCGUCGGCAUGGUCCAGGAGCUGCUGCGGAUGGUGCGCCAGGGCCGGCGGGAGGAGGCGGGGACGCUGCUGCAGCACCUGCGCCAGGACCUGGGCAUGGAGUCAACCUCGCUGGAUGAUGUGCUGUAUCGCUACGCCAGCUUCCGGAACCUGGUGGACCCCAUCACACACGACCUCAUCAUCAGCCUGGCCCGCUACAUCCACUGCCCCAAGCCGGAAGGUGAUGCGCUGGGUGCCAUGGAGAAGCUGUGCCGGCAGCUGACCUACCACCUUAGCCCUCAUUCCCAGUGGAGGAGGCAACGAGGGCUAGUGAAGAGGAAGCCACAGGCCUGUCUUAAGGCCCUCCUAGCUGGGAAUCCUCCAGACAACAUGGUGGACCUGUCAGGCAUCCCACUGACCUCACGCGACCUGGAGCGGGUGACCAGCUAUCUUGAGCGCUGCGGAGAGCAAGUGGACAGUGUGGAGCUGGGCUUCACAGGCCUCACAGACGACAUGGUCCUGCAGCUACUGCCGGCGCUCAGUACCCUGCCUCGCCUCACCACACUAGCCCUCAAUGGCAACCGGCUGACCAGGGCUCUGCUGAGGGACCUCACUGACACCCUGAAGGACCCCAGCAAGUUCCCCAAUGUCACAUGGAUUGACCUGGGCAACAAUGUGGACAUCUUCUCUUUACCCCAGCCCUUCCUGCUCAGCCUGCGCAAGCGCUCUCCCAAACAAGGCCACCUACCUACUAUCCUGGAGCUGGGGGAGGGGCCAGGUACUGGGGAAGAGACCAAGGAAGGCACAAGUGAGCAGGACUCUGGAGGAAGCCCUAUGACACCUACCAGAGACCAUGAUAGCAGGGAGAUUGUGACUCAGACAUGAUUUGGAAGCAGGGAGAACUUGUCAGGAUGGCUAAGGCAGAUUAGGGGUUUCUACCCAUCAGGAUGCCUGAAUCCCACCCACCACCCAAACACCAGGAUACCAGAAUACCUUUUGUCCCCAACUCCCAAUACUACGCCCCUGAGAAAUCAUCCCUUGCUCUAGGGAUGUUCUCCAGACUUGUGCAGCUGGAUCAAGCACUGUCCCACCAGUACUGUUGAACCCCCUUAGAUUUAAUUUAGGGUAACUAAGACCCUUGGAGAAUCUCUCCAAUUCCAGGGGCCUCUUGGAAAGGGUGUGUGGUUAAGAGCAUUUUCCAGUCCAAGCUGCAAUCCUCCCUUUGCUUGACUGGGGAUCUUACUGUGAAAGGCAGUACCAUGCCUAGCGCCCUUACCCAACCAGCACAACUUUUUCCUUUCUACCAGCCAAGUUCCAGACCUCAUUCCCAGGACUUAAUCCCUGGAAUGGCUUUUCAAGCACUUAAUAAGGCUCUGGGACUAGUUCAGCCCUAGCCUUUUUUUCCCCAUAAUGUUCCUUAUUUCCCACAGCAAACAGCUCCUAUACUCACAGGCAGUUAUGAAUUUGGGGAAUCAAACCCUUACAGGCCAGGUAAGCAAACAGGCUUAAAGGAUCUGGGCGAGUUAGGGGCCUUGCAUGGUACUGCAUAAAUCGUCAAGGGAUUAGAAGUGUGGGUGCCUUAAAUGCUUUGGAACCAUUGCCCAAGUCCUAGGUUGUGAAAGCAGCUUAGACUGACCAGUUUACAGUACUAAAGCUAGGCUGCUUAACACCUGACAAAUUUCAGUCUUCAAAUACAAGUUUUUAAGGACCAGCACCAGAAGCCCUGCUUUACUGUAGCACUCGCUGACUCAGGUAACUGCUGCACACACACAUUGACUUGUUAUUCAACCAAUUCAGUGGCAAUCAUUUUGGAAACAAAUUUAUUAAGUAGUGUAAAUGUCCUGUGGGGCAGGAUUAUCAGAGGUGCCUGACCAGGACAAGGUGGGCAGACACACUUGGGAGUUUUUUCAUGAGAGGUGGCCUUCAGUCAGAAUCUUGAGUUGAUGGGCACUCCUCUGGAGAUAGCCUGCAAAGAGACUAAAGUUCAGAAUUAAAUUUGCUCCAACCAAUGGCCUGCAGAACACCUAAAGAUAUCUUCAGAGAACCAUAGGCUCACCACUACCAAUCUGCCGGUAAUUCCAGCUAUUUUAGGUGAUCUCAUCAUUUGAUAUCCUUUCAGAGAGCUCAGCUAGCUGCUGGAGGUGAUCACUGCACACAGCAAACUUACCUCCUCCUUCUCCACUGCUGCCAACACUGCAUUCUAGCACUUGGUCCUCCAAACUUGAGGAAGGGACACUCCUAAAAUGGACUGCAGAAACAGAAUGGAUUAAUGAUAGCCCCACUGAAGCCCAGCUCUAAGCACAACCUACCAAGAGUACCGAAAGCCUUACCGAGGGUCUAUUUUGUUAUUAAAAUAUAAUCUUAACUA